AGCCAGAAAGCAGGCGGAAUGGGGUGAACUGAGGGACCAUGGGCACCUCCAGGCUCUACACCCUGGUACUAGUGCUGCAGCCUCAGCGAGUGCUCCUGGGCAUGAAGAAGCGAGGAUUUGGGGCCGGCCGCUGGAAUGGCUUCGGGGGCAAAGUUCAAGACGGAGAGACCAUCGAGGACGGGGCCAAGAGGGAGCUGCAGGAGGAGAGCGGUCUGACCGUGGACGUGCUUCACAAGGUGGGCCACAUCGUGUUUGAGUUCGUGGGCGAGCCUGAGCUGAUGGACGUGCACAUCUUCUGCACAGACAGUGUCCAGGGGACGCCCGUGGAGAGCGAUGAAAUGCGCCCUCGGUGGUUCCAGCUAGACCAGAUCCCCUUCUCGGACAUGUGGCCCGAUGACAGCUACUGGUUUCCCCUCCUGCUUCAGAAGAAGAAAUUCCACGGGUACUUCAAGUUCCAGGACCCCGACACCAUCCUGGACUACACGCUACGCGAGGUGGACGAGGCGUAGAGGCAGAACAGGGCAGCCGCUGGGCAGGUAGACGUGGACCAGCUGCA